UCGGAGGAGCCAUGCUGACUGUGCGUUCCCACAGUUCCUCCGCUGGAGUAUCGACCGCUUUACCCAGGCCGGCUUGAACGGGGGUGCAUCUUAUUCGUGAUCGAUUUUAGACAGAAAGGUCACUCGAUUUUCUCACACUGCAACCAACAAUUCCAGCGGUACGUUCAGUGUAAUCCACCGCUACACCACGCGAACCGCAAUCUCCAUCUGCCUCUCUCUCUCUCUGCCCAGCCGAGCCACGCGUACAUCCCAGCGACCCUCAACAACAGCGAACCCUCCACCACCAUCACCACCACCACCCCGAGCCGGGCCAGCGGAUUCCUCUCCUCCUCCUCCUCCUGGACGGACUAAAGAGCAUCAUGGACGACACAGGGCCCAUGCUGAAUAAGGACUCGAUCGACAUGAAAGUCUUCCUUAUCGGCGAUCAGCUACGGCAGCGCAUGCACAAAGAUAAAGUGAUCAAGGACAGGCGGCACCACCUGCGCACCUACCCCAACUGCUUUGUGGGGCGCGAGCUCGUGGACUGGCUGUUUGAGAGCGAGGAAGUGGAGGACCGCCCCUCAGCGGUGUGCUGCAUGCAGGUUCUCAUGGCGCACAACAUCGUGCACCACGUGUCUGACGAGCACAAGGACUUCAAGGAUGCCAAGUUGUUCUACCGCUUCCGCAGGGAUGACGGAACCUACACACUCAACUACGGGGUCAGGAUGUUUUUGCGGGGACAGCGUAUCUUUGAAAAGCUGCACAAACAGAAUAGCCCGAUGAUGCGCGCGCGGGGCGAUGACACCUCGGUGUACGAACUCGUGUUCCUCGGCUUCCAGCUGGUCACCUGGUUGUUGUGGGAGAGCGAGGCGACGAACCGCGAGGAUGCCACACAGCUGUGCCAGCGCAUGUUCGACCAUUACAUUAUCAGAAACAUCUCCCCGGCAGACCAAUUCCUGGACAGGAACCUGGUCUAUUUCUUCCAUCUCGACUUCCAGCAGGACUAUCUGGUCACUGACCUGGUGCCCGGGAUGCGAACGGUGCGGCCCAACCCCACCAGAGAGAGCCACAUCAUCCUGCGCAAGCACUUGCUGUCGGGCCGCUUCGAUUUCUCCUGCUUCUUAAUGGCGAAUCCGACGAAGGAGAUAGUGUUGAGACGCAACAGCAUGAGCAACAGCAGCACAAGCAGCACCAGCAACGGCUACUGGAAUGCCCUCCUGAACCUGAGCAGCAGCCCUCCUCCCAUGCUGUACAUGCCCCGGUCAGUGUUGAAACGUCCCGUGUCUGUUGAGGAACUGCUGAUGGCGGGCGCCCCCUUUCUCAAGAAAACAUUGACGGUGCUGGGGGAUGCAGUUGGCUGGGGGUUCGUGGUGCGGGGAGCUCAACCGUGCCACAUCCAGGCUGUGGAUCCCAGCGGGCCCGCGGCCACAGCUGGCAUGAAGGUUUGCCAGUUUGUGGUGUCGGUGAACGGGCACAACGUUCUAUCUCUCGACUACCGCACCCUGAGCAACCUCAUCCUGACGGGACCUAGCACAAUCGUCCUUGAGGUCAUGGAAGACAUGGUCUGAUUUUGGGCUCAGUUUUCACUUCAUCCAGCAGCUUCGUUUAGUUCGUUAUCUAGUUUCUUUUCAAGUCACAGGUUUAUUCAUGCCAAAGAGUUUCAAACAGAAAAUAAUGUUAAAAGGGAUAACAAAAAAAAAGUUUAGUUUCGUGAACAUUUCAAACUAUUGAAGUGGUCAUAAUUUCUUAUUUCCAAAAGCCAUUUGUGUACAGUGCAACUUUUAAGCACGGGGCCAAAAUCUGUGUUUGAUCAACGGGGGUGGGGGGGGGUCGCGUCCAGUCGGCCCCCUUUCAUGGAAACCGUGCAGGCGUAUGGGGGCUUUGCAAUGGGCUCAAGAGGAGAGCGGCGUUUCAUUCACGCGCCGGCAGCCACGGCGUUCGGGACAAGUAUAUACAUCCGUUUUUGGCUGUCGAUGGACUGGAAGCCGGACGACUCCGUUUGCGAUCAACGAAACGCAACGAUUCGCUCAAAUAAAAUAAAAAACCCAAAAAUUGUGAAGAAAUUACCGAAGUAUUCGUCAGGUUUUUUUUUAUGUCCGUCGCCUAAAGAGCAGCUGCUGCUGCUUCUGUCGCACGCCGUGUCGCUCGUGCGGCCUUGGCAUCGCGAGGCUAGCGAUGCGCGACCUGAUGUUUUUUUUUACUUGUACAUAGACGACGACGUCGGUGUUUUUCCGCGUGUGGUGUAAGCGGAGCCGCUCCAGUCGGGAGGAACUUGGUGCAUGUGCCGUUUACAGUCCGGCAAACGCGGAUGCAGUCAAAUACACACCACCGUAUCGUCAAAUACACACCCACCACCGGAUCGUCAAAUACACACCACCGGAUUGUACGAACCUUAAGCAUCAACUCUCAGAUGCGAGGUGUUUCCCUUUUUACGGGAAUUACCGGAUGCAUAAAACAAACCACACACACUCGCACGCGCGAUUAGUGUGCACAUUCGCCCAAAUGGUUUGCGUGCUUUAUUUGGAUACGUUUUAUGUAAUUAAAGUAGUUUCUUUUUUACUCAACUCUUGCAGAUGUGAAUAAGCAAAAGGGACGAAGGUUCCCGGGUUGCUGUGCAUAUUCAGCUCGGUAAAAAACAAAACAAAUGUCUCUCUUUAUUCAGGUUGUUUUUGUAGUUUGAUCUGUUUUUCUUAUCAAGCGAACAGAUGGAACUAGCGCCACCGUUAAUCCAGGGGGUGGAGGCGAGGGGGGGUCACGACGGGGUUGUGUGAUGUGGUGUCGGCAAGGCAAGAUUCGUCGGCCACACUUUCACGAGAUGCCGAAUCGUACCGGACACCCCCACACCCCCCGCGAAAAAUACAAAACGACCGUCUCGUACCCAACACAGGAGGAGGGAAGUAUCAAUAAAGGCAAACACUAAUUGACAUAAUAAUUGAACAAUGAUGGCUUAAUUUUGGGAGUGUGCAACACACAACUGUGCUUUGUUUACUUAGUUACCAUUGUGCCAUGGGGCUCUGCGUGAAGUUUGUGCCCAUGAGUCGAAUGUGUGUGUUUUUAAUCAGGUAGAGCACCGACAUGGGCUUACAAUGGGGUAUGGUACCCUCUCCAUGGCGUAUUUACAUUAGAAUGGAGGGGGAUCAAACCGACUUUCAGAGCACCAAUGAUUUUUUACGAUGGGACUCAUUUGCAAUAACCUCUUAAGAACGAUUGGCAAUAUUUAUUGUUUCUUCCGUUUAAUAUCAAUGAGCCAAGCGUCAAAAUGUUUAAUGUGGACGCUGUUAAGUGCUUUGAAGGAGAAAAAAAGAUGCUAUAAUGGCCAUUGCUAUCCUGCACACCGUGCGCCCUGAUGCGUACAGCCACCGCGCAUCUGCACGGGACGAAUCCACGGGUCGCAUCGGCAUUGCCCACCAAAUUUUGCCAUUGUGAGCGCAAGCUGCGCAUUGGGUAUGGUUGAAAAACCCGCCAAAACUAAGCUGUAACAAAAAAAUCACUCGCAACAAUUCCUUGGCCAAAGGAUGAAAUGGAGCACACGAGUCCAUAGGAGCAGAGCGAUCACCACGUUGCUAUGGGGACCGAAUGUACAAGUGAGGCCUUAGUCGGCGUGGCAUGUACGUGGGAUGAAACAGAAUGGCCAAAUCCUUAAAGCGAUUUCCGAGCUGUUGCUGGUUGCUGAAGCCAUUGUGCCCACAUGUUCUGCUGCAAGGAUAUGGAAGGGUAAUGAAAACAUGAGCAGCAUUUGUCCGCGUCAGCUGUGCUUCUGCAGUUUUAUUGUGGCACACCAUUGUAAACUACUGAGAUUUGAUGCAACAAAAUGCCAAGGCUUUCCUGCCGAACGUACUUUACGUGUUGCCUUCAUGUCUUUGAGAUAUUGUUGAGGUUGUGCUGAGUGGUACCAUAAUGGAAACACUGUGAAGGUUACAUUUUUUCAUCUUUUGUGUUGAAGCUAUAAAAAAAGAGAGAAUGGGCAGUGAUCUUUAGAGGCACAGGUUGAUGCUGCGUUUGAUCAUUGUUGUCUAGUUUGACGAAUUGUCAAAUGAAAGUGAAUCUGUGUGGAUCACAACAAAAGUUAAAAUAAAGACGAAUAGAAAAUG